UUCUGGACGAUGAGGAAAUGGCUUUCUGAGACGCGAUGGAUCCGUUUGACAGUACCGAAACACAAGGCUAUGACAAAUCGGAGAAAGGGGCUGAAAACAUCGCCACGCGUCUACAGUGGGCCCGCUUCUCCUCUUGGCUGGAAUGUGUUUGCGUCGUUACAUUCGACCUGGAGCUAGGGCAAGCCAUUGAGCUGGUGUAUCCCCACGACGUAAAACUUACAGAGAAAGAGAAAACAAGCAUUUGUUAUUUGUCCUUUCCGGAUUCUUACUCUGGUUGCCUUGGUGACACUCAGUUUAGCUUCAGAGUACGUCAGUCAGUGGGCCAGAAGGGCUCCUGGUUCAGAGAUGAUGAUGCGUACAACAGAGAUGCCCCAGGCACACUGCAGAGAGAACCAGCCCAUUACUAUGGGUAUGUGUACUUCAGACAGGUGAAGGAUGGUUCAGUGAAAAGAGGGUACUUCCAAAAGUCUUUGGUCCUGGUGUCCAGACUGCCAUACAUCAACCUCUUCCAGUCCCUGCUGAAGCUCGUAGCCCCGGAGUAUUUCGAGAAGCUAGAGCCAUGCCUGGAAGCUGUGUGUAAUGAGAUUGACCAGUGGCCCUCGCCGGUGCCAGGGCAGACUCUGAACCUGCCCAUAAUGGGGGUGGUGAUGCAGGUCAGGAUCCCUUCGAAACACGACAAGCCAGGAGGAAGCCCACUGAAGCAGUCGCAGAAGGAGAAUCUUCUCCCUGCUCCUGUGGUGCUGCCCACGGUGCACGAGCUGGAUCUUUUUAAGUGUUUCCAGUCAGUGCUGAUCCACAUCCAGAUGCUCUGGGAGCUGAUGUUGCUGGGAGAGCCCCUGGUCGUCAUGGCGCCCUCCCCGACCGUCUCCUCGGAAACUGUCCUGGCCCUGGUCAGCUCCAUCUCCCCGCUGAGAUACUGCUGUGACCACAGACCCUACUUCACCAUCCACGACAGCGAGUUCAAGGAGUACACCUCCAGGACCCAGGCACCGCCCAAUGUGAUCCUAGGGGUCACCAACCCCUUCUUCAUCAAAACUUUCCAGCACUGGCCUCACAUCAUCCGCCUGGGGGACCUGAAGAUGUCCGGCGAUUUGCCAAAACAGGUCAAAGUGAAGAAACUGGCAAAAUUGAAAAGCCUCGACACAAAGCCAGGUGUUUAUACUGCUUACAAAACCUUCCUCCACAAAGACAAGGCCCUCAUUAAAAGGCUUUUAAAAGGCAUCCAGAGGAAGAGGCCAUCAGAGGUGCAGAGCGCCAUCUUGAGGAGACAUCUGUUAGAGCUCACCCAGAGCUUCAUCAUACCACUGGAGCGCUACCUGGCCAGCCUGAUGCCCCUGCAGAAGUCUGUGACUCCGUGGAAGACCCCUCCUCAGAUCCGGCCCUUUAGCCAGGAGGAGUUUAUGGGGACGCUGGACCACGCGGGGCCGCAGCUCACCUCUGUGCUGAAAGGGGACUGGAUCGGCCUGUACAGACGAUUCUUUAGGUCCCCGAAUUUUGAUGGAUGGUACCGUCUCCGGCACAAAGAGAUGACCCAGAAACUGGAGUGUCUUCACCUGGAAGUGAUUUGUGAGGCUGAUCUGCUGGACUGGAUCAAAGACAAGUCUGAAGUGGAGAUCGUCGACCUGGUCCUCAAACUGAGGGAAAAGCUGAUGAAGGCCCGUCGGCAACAGCUCCCGGUGAAGGAGGAGGUCCUGGAGAAGCUGGAGAGCUAUAUCGGGAUGGUGAUUGGCUCGCUGCCCGAGGACCUGCAGCCAGUGCUGCGCCGCCACUGACCCCAACCUUCACCGCACCUCACUCCCCCCCUCCAUCCCCCCAAAACUGAGUGCACCAACCGCUAACCUUCCCAACAUCACCCACCACUGGCCAACCCAACACUAACCAUCCCAACACCACCCACCACUAACCAUCCCAACACCACCCACCACUGGCCAACCCAACACUAACCAUCCCAACACCACCCACCACUGGCCACCACAACACCACCCACCACUAACCAUCCCAACACCACCCACCACUGGCCACCACAACACCACCCACCACUAACCAUCCCAACACCACCCACCACUGGCCAACCCCACACUAAACAGCCCAGCAUCGGUUUCAAUUCCAGCACUCCCCUACUCCCCAAAAAAGACUGGUGGUGAUCGCCUCCAGCACUCCCCUACUCCUCAAAAAUGACUGGAGGUGAUCGCCUUUGCUCUGCACCAGAACCCACUUACCAACAACCCCCCACCCCCGUCUGCAGCCUUCCUCACCCCCGCACACUUUCAGCCUUUCCCCUGCCUCUGUUCAUUUCAUCCACUCACCAUGGCUCUGUGUAUUCACUUUUUAUAUUUAUUUCUAUGUUCUUGGUGGGCCAGAAGGGUUACUCUAUUCUGAAUUAGAAUGUAGCAACAUAAAUGCAGAAGCGUAAUGUAUACGCCUCUCUUAGGCUGGCGUUGGGCAAGCGUAGCCGGAGGUGUCGGGAUAGCCAAACCGCCUCUGACUGAAAAAUGCCUUUGCUUGUCCUGAGAUCCAACAGUGGUCAGAUUUUAAAGUGUACCUCAUCUAUCAAACAGUGAAUGUGUCGGGUUGUGUUACAGAGCUCGGUCUGCUGUUUUGACUGCUCAUUUCUGAUUGGUUUGUUAACCAUUGGGAAACAUAAGGAUGUUGGAGAAUUAGACCUCCUAUAAGGUGUGCAAGUAAAGAGAAAAGGGAAUGUUAGUAUAAGAAAAUGUCUAGUGUCGCCUACACUUACUGCAAAGCUGAGUCACAUAACUAUAUGGAUGCACUUUGGUGCUGAGAGUUUGUUUCUUGGCCAAACGUAAGCAUUUCUUUACAGGUACGAUAGCACCAGUGAUUUCUGGUGCGUUUGGUUUACUUUACUUUGUUCUGCUGUGCCAUAUGCAUUACCCCCAGUUCAAAUAUUACAUUUAAUUUGACAUUAGUCAGAGCGAGCACUGGAAUGUUAUUUUAGGACUGUAUAAACUUGUUUUAUUUAUUCUGUUAUUUAUUAUAGGUGAGUUUUUCAUUGCAUUGGUUUAGGGUGUUGCUCUUCCAUAAUGGUCAGGUAAACACAGGGAUUUUAAUUAUCGACAGUCUUCAAGUCAAAAAGUGCAACACAAAUCCGGUACUUUCUAUGGAUAUUCCAUCAAUUAAAACAGCAUGACGUUGGGAAUGUCUACAUUGUACAAUUAAAAUGGAUACAUCUCUUAAUAGCCUGUGAAUGUGUGUGUAUGUGUGCGUGUGUGCGUGCUAAAACAUCGUAGUCCCAGUGUCGGUUUGAUUUCUGUGUGGUACCGUGUGUCCACACUGUGUCGAAACAUUCUUGGAAAAUCCUUUGUCCUUUCUCAUGGCAGUCCCAUGAUUUGUCACUUUAGGCUUAACACAGUGUGAGAUUGUUCCCGACGCUAAAUCUCUUAGGAUAAGUAUAAUUUCAUGUUUUGUUUUUUUCAAUCGCGAAUCAGGUCUGUCUUAGUUACCGUUUUCUAAACUCAUUCCUUUGAUAGUUCUGAAUGCUCUAUUCCCUACAUAACUCUUAACACCAGGGCCGGUGCAUGAGUUUAACAGUAGAAAGAUGUACGGUAUAAAUGUACUGUUCAUGUAGUGUAUUAUAGUCCUGAUCAAUGCUGUUGCACUCAGGGCUCCUCAGAGUACAGUGAUAUGACUGUUCAAAUGUAGUAACAUUUCAAGCAUACAAGCACAAAUGCACGUUGGUAAUCAUCCCUGACUGUUAACCGUUUCUCAGUGAAUUACAUGAGCUUAGACAGUGAGCCUGUGGGGCAGACCUGUCUUUUUAAACAGCGGCUGAGUGAUAUGUGCAGGGAGAAAUAAUGUUUGCGAAUAAAUGUGCAAUGCAAGCCGGUCCGGGCCACACCAGUACAAAGCUAGCCUGGCAGAACUGAAUUAUCAGCACUGUUCUAGUAGAACCUGACUUGUGAAUCUUGAUACAUACACGUGAAUGUUAAUGCACUCAAAAGAUACAAAACCUCAUGUGUGACCCACCCCACAAAAAAGUAUAACCAAUGUAACGUUUUGGGAGUUUUUGCCCCCUUACCCCCAGUUUUAAGAGUGCAUAUAUGUGUUAUUUUAUUCAGGAUUGGUGUAGCUGUGUAAAGUGAUAUUGGAGUAAAGCUUAGGGGCUGGGGUGUGAAAUGUGAAAUGACUGUUGCUACAUUGUGUGUUUAAAGAGAACCCCCCUCCCCCCGACAGUCACAUGACUACACCUGCGCUGAAGCUUGUUCUGUGUUAGAAAUGCCUUGGUGUAACGUAGCUUGUGGUGCAUUUUUUUAUUUAUUUCAGUUUUGUAUUGUUUUAUUCAUUGAAUUAUUCAGAAAUUGUUACAAAAACUAUUUGAAAUCUGGUGGUUUUAAUCUAGAUUGGCACUGUCAGUACUACACUAUGUGAAAAAAAAAAUGUGUUGCUAAUAAAAUCUGAAAACUUGAAAUUA